ACACACACACACACACACACACACACACACGAGAGACCGGCUCUGAAAUGUCUAUCAUGAACCUCUAGUUCGUUAAGAAGCAGGAAGUUACAGAGAGGUUUUGCAUCUUUGAAUUCUUCAUUUGCUGCUGUUGAUGUCUUUGAAUGAUUCCGUCUGUGAUCAAAUGGAGAACACAUCGGAUAACGCCUCCCUCUCCUGCUCCGUCCUCUGCCCCACCGCCGCCACGCUCUUCUUCCUCCCCUCCGCCUACACACUCCUCUUACUCACCGCUCUGCCGGGCAACGCGCUGUCUUUGUGGGUGUUCCUGCGGUGCAUCGCCACCCUCUCCCCCGUCCACAUUUAUCUGUCCCACCUGAGUAUUUCCAACCUGAUGCUGGCCCUCACCACGCCCUUCCUGGCGGCCUACUUUGCGAGGGGCUCGGUCUGGACACAAAGCGGCUUCCUGUGUCAGCUGGUUCUGCACGGCAUCACCCCGGUGUUUUACAUCAACAUCAACAUAAGCAUGAUGAUCCUCACCUGGGUGGCCCUCAGCCGCUUUGCGGCCCUCAUCCAGCACACCCACGCCUCCAGGCCGAGCGGCUGCACAACGCUGCUGCCGCUCGGCUUCUUCGCCUGUCUCACGCAGGCCUCCUUCGCCAGCAGGGUGUGUGCCGCCAUCUGGGUGGUGACGGUCGGGAGCACAGUGCCGGUGACGGUUUACUACUCUGUGAACGAAGCCGCGAGCGGCGAUGCGGCUGUGAAGGAUGGAUGUGCGGAGGUGUGCUACAACCCCGCGGUGGAGAUAGGGGGCAGGCGGUCUGCAAUGCUCGCUGUGCCCGUUAUAACCCUGUUCUUUGUGUUUUACCUGCUGGUGCUGCUGUCCUACAUGACCGUGUUGAGGCAUAUCCGACACUCACUUCACAGCACAAGGGUCAAAAUCUCCCAGAGGCUGCUGGGUAGGGUGCUCCGCAACAUCGUGGUCAUCCAGGUUGUUCUUUCAGCUUGUCUGCUGCCGUACCAUAUCUUCAAACCCAUCUUUAUUUCUUUGGUAAAUGACCGUCAGCUGAUGUAUUCACCAGGCAACCACUGUCAUCCACUCUCCAUCUUCGUCGAGCUGAAGAACUGCCUGCUGCUUCUGGCUGCAUUGAGAAGUGCAACUGACCCUUUGAUGUACUACCUGUUAGACAGGACCUUCCGUCAUCAAACCCUCAGACUUUUAAGGUGCCACCAAAACAGCCCCGGAGGCAGACCGACGGUCCGACGGUGAUGGGAAGUGACAAUCAGAGGACCGGACACCUGGAGGAUGGAACUGAUUUAACUCAAGGAACUGUUAUGUAGCCGGAAAAUGUUUCUUUUAAAUGAACACGGACUUUUAAAACGUAUAAAGUGAUGGCGUCCGGGUAGUCUAGAGGUUAAUAUAUAAAUAUAUAAAGUGCAAUGUCUUAUCUAGCCAUGUCACUCCUUUCAAAAAAAAGAAAAAAAAUUAAAAAAGUGUUAUGAUCUGUGAGAAAGAAAGUCUCAUUUUGAAAUGUACAAGGAAAUGUUUGUGGAGCACCAAUCAUGUACAACAACAGGCUAUAAAUAUUUGA